ACGAGGACUCGGUCUUCUCGGUACGACGAGUACAAAUAUUUUAACGUCAAGAAAAUUCAAAUGGGUCUUGAUGAUUCAUGCAACACAGGUCUUGUUCUUGGUUUAGGCCUCUCACCAACGCCUAAUAAUUACAAUCAUGCCAUCAAGAAAUCUUCCGGCACCGUAGACCACCGUCUCAUCAGGCUCGAUCCGUCGUUGACUCUAAGCCUCUCUGGUGAGAGUUACAAGACCAAGACUGCUGCCGGCGCCGGGGACCAAAUUUGCCGGCAGACUUCGUCUCACAGCGGCAUCUCAUCUUUCUCGAGCGGAAGGGUAAAGAGAGAAAGAGAAAUCUACGGCGGCGACGGAGAAGAAGAGGCGGAGGAGACGACGGAGAGAGUGGUGUGUUCGAGAGUGAGUGAUGAUCAUGAAGAUGAAGAAGGUGUUAGUGCUCGUAAAAAGCUUAGACUCACUAAACAACAAUCUGCUGUUCUCGAAGAUAGCUUCAAACUUCAUAGCACCCUUAAUCCCAAGCAAAAACAAAAUCUUGCGAGACAGCUGAAUCUAAGGCCUAGACAAGUUGAAGUGUGGUUCCAAAACAGGAGAGCUAGGACAAAACUAAAGCAAACAGAAGUUGAUUGUGAGAUUUUGAAGAAAUGCUGUGAGACUUUAACGGAUGAGAAUAGAAGGCUUCAAAAAGAGCUUCAAGACCUUAAGGCUUUAAAAUUGUCUCAACCUUUUUACAUGCACAUGCCGGCGGCGACUUUGACUAUGUGCCCUUCUUGUGAGAGACUCGGCGGUGGUGGUGGAGGUGCCGGAGGAGUUGGCGGAGGUACGGCGGCGGUUGAUGGAGAAACGGCGAAAGGAGCUUUCUCCAUCGUCACAAAGCCUCGUUUCUAUAACCCUUUCACUAAUCCUUCUGCAGCAUGUUAGUUACUUAUUAGUUAUAAUUUUUUUUGGGAUUUUUUUUUGUUUCUUGAAUCAAAUUAGGAAUUAGUU